GCUUCAUCCAACGCUUUUCGUCGCCGCUUGAGAUGUCUAAAGAUUGUCCAUGGCGGGAGAUGAAUUUCCUCCUCAUCGAGUCCUAGAGACCAGAAACCCUAGAUCCGAGUGCUUCACGAUUUUCUCUGCUUAUGGCGUCCGACAAGGACGACAGAGGCGGAUGCCGCUACGAUCUGGAGAAGCUCGCGAACUCCCGCUACGCGGCGGCAAUGCUUCUUGGCGGGUUUGUGCUCAGCGCUUCUGUGAUGGCUCUGCACCUGGGCUAUGGUCCGCCGCUUCAGCCGCUGUUUAGUGGGUUUAGGUUGCCGGGUAGGAGGAGAAAGAGGCCAAUACGGGUUUAUAUGGAUGGGUGCUUCGACAUGAUGCACUACGGCCACUGCAACGCCCUCCGGCAGGCGCGGGCGCUCGGAGACGAGCUCGUCGUUGGUGUGGUCAGUGAUGAGGAGAUCACGGAGAACAAGGGCCCGCCUGUUACGCCAAUCAAAGAAAGGUUGAUCAUGGUUGGUGCAAUAAAAUGGGUUGAUGAGGUCAUCCCAGAUGCUCCUUAUGCCAUCAACGAGGAAUUCAUGUACAAGCUUUUCAAUGAGUAUAAUAUAGAUUAUAUUAUUCAUGGGGAUGACCCUUGCUUGCUGCCAGAUGGCACUGAUGCAUAUGCACUAGCCAAGAAAGCUGGCCGCUAUAAGCAGAUCAAGAGAACUGAAGGAGUGUCAAGCACCGACAUUGUUGGUCGUAUGCUCCUUUGUGUGCGGGAGAGAUCCAGUGGAGAUCAUCAUGCACAUUCUUCUUUACAAAGGCAAUUUAGCCAUGGGCACAACCCAAGAUUUGAUGAUGGAAAACCUCCACAUGGAGGAACUCGUGUAUCUCAUUUUUUACCAACCUCUCGGCGCAUAGUACAAUUCUCAAAUGGGAAGGGUCCGGGUCCUGAUGCUCGGAUAAUUUACAUAGAUGGAGCUUUUGAUCUAUUCCAUGCAGGGCACGUGGAGAUACUGAGGCAUGCUAGAGCACUUGGAGACUUUUUAUUGGUUGGAAUUCAUACUGAUCAAACUGUCAGCUCUACACGAGGAGCUCAUCGUCCAAUCAUGAACCUUCAUGAGAGAAGCUUGAGCGUUUUGGCAUGCCGUUAUGUGGAUGAGGUGAUUAUUGGUGCGCCUUGGGAGGUCUCAAAAGACAUGAUAACAACCUUUAAUAUCUCAUUGGUUGUUCAUGGAACAAUUGCAGAAAACAUGGAUUAUCUUAUGCAGGAGAAAUCCAAUCCUUAUGCUGUUCCCUUGAGUAUGGGCAUUCUUCAAACAAUCAAAAGUCCUUUGGAUAUCACAACAAGCACAAUCAUUAAGAGGAUUGUUGCCAAUCAUGAAGCCUAUCAGAAACGAAAUGAAAAGAAGGAACAAAGUGAGAGGAAAUACUACGAGAAUAAGACUAACGUAUCUGAAGAAUGACUAAUGAACUUGAUUGCAAGUGUUAAGCUGUUUGAAGGAAACCAGCUCGUUACAGAAAAAAUGUUGGCUCUCCCUAUUCGUUAACACCCAAAAGCUUCAAAUGCAAAUACUGAUCGUAAAGUAAAAGCUCAAAUUAUCACUCUAGCUAAUCUGUGAUUACAGUUAUGGUUUAAUUAGAUUAUUGAAUAAAUACGAGUUCUUUUGACUUUGCUUCCUAAAUAUGGCUGCUAACUAUUGCGAGGUUCAUCUCGAUGGAAGCUUGAGUCCCUUAUCUUGAUGUCCUUCACUAAUGAGAAGAUUUUGUGCAAUAUUUAUUAUAAUUAAUGAGCAGAUUGAGCGUAUCUAUUAUAGUUC